AUGAAGGGCGUCCAAUCACUCUCAGUGGUCCGAGUUGACCGCGUCAUUCUCUUCCUGCUCUUUCAAUUAUGGGCGAUUACCGUGUCAUGUCGUCCCCACUCUCAUUCGCACUCCUGGAUUCAUGAAGAUGUUGCAAGAACAUGUCGCAAUGAAGCUUACAAUCCUUUUGAUUACUCUGUCAAGCCAAAGCAUGACCCCAACGUUCCUUUAUGCGCUUUGCAACCUCCCCAAGUAGCCGCAAUUCAAACUCGUGAUAUACUCCUUGGCCGCCAAGUUACUCAACAGCAGGACUAUUCAUGUGGCCCUGACAAGCCAUGUGGCAAUGGUGCGUGCUGUCCCAAGGAGACUGGGUGGUGCAACUACGGCCCAGAGGCCUGCGGUACUGAUGGAAUCUCGCCAAAUGAGGUCUGUUGGAGCAACUGUGACGCAAAGGCCGAGUGUGGCCGUUAUGCGGAUCCCCCAAACAAAGAGUGCCCCCUCAACGUCUGCUGUUCACCUUGGGGCUUCUGUGGUAUGACCGAGGACUUCUGUGUAAUCACAGACGAUGAGGAGACAUCAUGCCAGAGUAAUUGCGAGCAGCCGGAAUCCGGCUCGUCCGGCAGUGACAUUCGACAGCGAGUCGUUGGUUACUAUGAAGCCUGGGUACAUGAGAGAUCGUGUAAUGGAAUGUCAAUCUCUCAAAUCCCUGUCGGUGCCUUGACGCAUUUGAUGUUUUCGUUUGCAUAUAUCACACCAGAUGACUUUCAAAUCGUCCCAAUGGAUGAUCUCGAUCCUUCCCUCUUCCGGGAGAUGACUGCCAUGAAGCAAGAUAACAAGGCUCUGAAGGUCAUGGUCGCUCUCGGAGGUUGGACUUUCAAUGACCCUGGGCCAACACAAACUGUCUUUCACGACGUAUCUUCCACAAAGGAGAAUCGAGCCAAGUUCAUUGGCAAUCUAUUGAGUUUCAUGCGUCAAUAUGCAUUCGAUGGUGUCGAUUUCGAUUGGGAAUACCCCGGUGCGGACGAUCGUGGAGGCCAAGAAGGAGAUGGGGAGAAUUUCACUCUACUUCUUGAGGAGCUCAAGCAGGCUAUAAGCGAACAGCCGCUGGAAUAUGUCGUUUCAUUCACCACGCCUACAAGUUACUGGUAUCUUCGCCAUUUCGAUAUCAAAGGUAGCACCGACGCUGUCGACUUUGUAAACGUCAUGAGCUACGAUCUUCAUGGUGUCUGGGAUGCGGAUAAUCCAAUUGGUUCAAACGUCCUUGCUCACAGCAAUCUUACUGAGAUAAAAUUGGCAUUGGACCUUUACUGGCGCAAUGACAUUCCGCCGGAGAAGCUGAACUUGGGGUUUGGAUUCUAUGGACGUUCUUUUACUCUGUCAGAUCCCGCAUGCUACAAGCCUGGCUGUGCAUUUUCUGGAGGUGCUGCACCCGGCCCCUGUACGAAGAACUCGGGCACCCUCGCAUACCGAGAGAUUGUCGACAUCAUCAAAGACAAUGACCUCAAGCCAUACUACGAGAAGGAGCACCAGAUCAAGUACAUUGUAUGGAAUCAAGACCAAUGGGUCAGCUAUGAUGAUCCCGAGACGAUUGCGGCCAAGAUCGAAUUUGCCAAUAAUCUAGGGCUCGGUGGUUUACUUAUCUGGUCGGUGGACCAAGACACUGAUGAUCUAGAAGCACUCAGCGCCGUUGUGGGCCCAGACAUCAGUGCCCUGGCCCUCCAUAACAAGAGGGCCGAGGACGCAUCGUUUUGGCAAGACAUGGGCGCCCAGGAUUGCUAUGUCACCGGGUGUGGUGGCGACUGCAAGACCGGCUUCAAGGAAAUCACCAACCAACCUUGCGGCGAUGCCACAUGGCUUUUCCGGCACUCGACUGAGGACAACAGCAAGCUUUGCUGUCCUCUUUCUGCAUCUCCAGAUCCUGAUGAUUGUCAAUGGCAAGAUAUCCCCUCUCCCGAAUGCAAUGGCCGCUGUGAGCCUGGCGAGGUCGGCUUGCAGUUGAACAAGUGGGGCGAUGGGGCCUAUUGUGAAAACGGAAACAAGAUGUAUUGCUGCAAAACGGCGAGCGAACGUGAGAACAAGUGCUAUUUCGCAGCCGAAGGUAAGAAGUGCAACAGUGGUGAAGGUCCUCUAACGUGGAGCGGAAAGUUCACCAAAGACUAUGAUGCUCUGGAAGACAUUUACGAUUUAAAAGGCGAUGCCCUCAUGAGCGCACUGGAAGACUACGAUAUAUCGGACGUCUCGCUCUACUGCUGCCCACAAGAAGAUCUUGAUAGGUGGGACAACUGCGAAUGGAAGGGCAGCCCUGACGGUGGAAACUGCUACGAUGGCCACUGCAACCUCAACACUCAGGUUGAGGUGACUUGGGCCGGAUCCGGUGGAGGCCGGAGCUGUGGCGGUAUCGACCCGGGAAGGAUCAGAGUCUUCUGCUGUGACCCUCCCAACGGCGAGACCUUGUUCCUACCGGUGGCCUUGGAGAACUUAUUCCCGGAACCCCCGACUGGAGAGGACGUGAAAACGGACUUCGAUUUGAACAUUGACAACACGUGGGGGGACGGAACUGCCGACAACGAAUCAGAAGAUGACGCAAAUGCAGCAUCUUUCCAGUUUUACGUCCUGGCCAGCCCGUCUGAGAUCCAAACUUCCCUCGACAAGCGAGACGGUUCACACUGGGAAUUGUUCAACUGCAACGACGGGCUCAGUGAUGGAGAGCAGACUGUACAGAUGGUGUGCACGAAGGAUUCCGAAGACAGCAACUGCCACGACAUAUACAAGGGUAACGGUGUGCAUGGGACUAUCAUUCAGAUGCCUCAAGGACAGGGCUGUGGCCCUGGAAAAUAUGCUGUUGCCAAAAGUCUUGAAGUUUCUCAGAACCAGACUUUGCCACGACAUCUUGCCAAAAGAAAGCUAGGUUCCAAGGCGACCGUGUACGACCUAACAUUCAACUAUGACUUUACCAUAGUUCCCAGAGAAUUCGGCGAUACUCAGAUGCGUAUCGACUUUUCCAACCAGGAGGGUUACUGGAACACGAUCGUGGCGGCUCCAUCUUCGAAGAAAAAUAAACGUACUCUUGCCGACGUCAAUGGAAAUCAUAGACGCUGGCUAGAAGAAGAGUGGCGCGACGAUUUCCACUACGGUGCACUUAGUCAGGAGGAUUUGCACAAGCGAUGGUUUGGCGACGACGCACUUGCAUGGCUGAAACAACUCCUGAACAUUGAUGUCAAGAUUGAGAAGAAGCAUGACUAUGAAGAGGAAAUGUCAGUCAUCAUCCUCCAAGAGGAGUGGGAGUGCGGCAAUUUCAAGGCCAAGGUCGAUGCCGUUGCAACGGCUGGCAUUCAGAUGUCUACCUCUUUCGGCAUAACGAUCAUUACCACCCUUGGCCCAGACAUGGACCUCAGCAAGUCAUACAUUCAUUUCAACAACGAGGGCAACAUUGAGUCCGUCUUCACACUGGAUGCACUGAUGAAGAUGGACUGGGAUUCAGAUGUCUUCACCAUUGCUCCUAUACCGAUCCCCGGGGGUACUUGGACCAUAUACGGAAUUGCUACUCUCGGGCCACGCUUCGACUUGAACGCGCGUUUCCGAGCUGGAGUCUCUCUUCAGGGCCGCAUCGAAGCCAAGGCAGAGAUGGCAAAUUGGCGCAUCCGUCAAACCUACCCGCAGAUGGAUGAUUACGAGCCCGAAGAAGAGGAUGAUGUCAAUCGUCAAUUCCCCAGCGACGGCAUCGCAAGUCCGAGCUUCGACGCUUCAGUCACUGCUGAAGGGUACGCCGAGGCCCACAUCCUGCCUACGCUUGCCUUCGGCAUCAAAUUUGACAAGCAAUGGGGUAUUGACGAUGCCGAUGUUGAGCUCGUCGCCGAUCUGUACGGUAGGGUCAGAGCAAAGUCAGAUCUCGUGGGUGGAGACUGCUUGUUCGGCUACAAGGUAGAGGCCGGAGUCAAGCUGAUAGCCGAUGCACAUGUUCCCGAUAUCUUCCAAUGGCACCCUAGUCCAUUUGAAUUUGGCGCUCUGGAUAAACGAAUAAUUCCCAGCAGUGGUGACAGUGAGUGGGAGUGUCUGACCGCUUCCUCGGCGCGCAGGGCCUUGCCAGCUCCCAACGCUACAUUACCCUCUCACUCCAUCAUUGGCACGGGCUUGAGGAAGCGACUGGUUCCGUACGGUCCGGUCCUGACCCUGCCCAAAGCAGAGCAGCUUUGUCCGAUCAAGGGAGGGUCUACCGAGCCUGGCGAAUGCUCUGAGAUCUACGCAGUCGACUCGUUUUACAAUGUAGAGAGUGAGGAUUUUGAUUACCUACAGCCGUCGUCCAUCACGAAAAGAGAUGCAACGGACCUGAGUACUGCCUUGUACGAGCGAGGAUUCCUUGAACGCCGCGCCAAAGGCAAGGAUGUGAAGAUCUGCAACACUCACAGCAUUCACGUCAAGGCCUGGGAUACUAGCGGUGCCUUCAAUGUCUGGGAUAACGGUGACUGGAGCGACUGCAACGACUACUCGUUCGGGAACCAAGGAAGCAGAAAGCAGCAGGUCCCAAGACCUCCGGGCAAGAAGUCUGCAUACGACCGCUACGUUGUGGAACACGUCUUGGAAGCCCAGCUCCUCACGCUGUUCUUGAAGGAAGGGUACACCAGUGUGUGCAGCGAUAUGGGCGAGAGCGGCUCUGGUUGGUACCAAACCAAUGUUGGGCUGGACCCCGUCGUCGCCGGCGCAAACCCGCGCUCCCCCUGGCAGUACAUCGCAGACGCCUUUCCUUACAAAGCAGCGACGGAUAAUGGAAAAGCUUAUCCAGCAAACCACGAGGACGAGUUUGUCUAUGUCCUCGAGCCGAUCAACAUUGUCAAGGAAUUCGCUUUCAAGAAUAACGAGGCACUUCCUGGGAGUGGCGACAUGGCCAAAGCUGUAGCCUCGGAACAAACGGUCGACAAUGCCAUCCGCACAAUGAAGAACAUCCUUCUGACUUACAAGUACAUGACGGAUCCCACAAUCCAGGCCACACUUGUCACUCAGGCCCAGCGUGUCGCCGACCGGAUGUCUGAAGUGGAAGAUAUCCUGGCGAACAACGCAGCAUUCACGUCGGAGAUCCAGGGUCUCGGCACUCUCUGGCUCACAUUUGUCAAGGGUCGUACGGAGCUGGCCGCAAGCAAAUUGGUCACGUUCCUCACCAACUGGAUGCCAAAGAUAGAGAGAGUGCUGGACGGGACGGAUCCGGCGCAAGACGCCCAGAAUCCAGGGCGGGCCACGCGUAGAGAGAAGAUUAGCAAAUUGAAGGAGGCAGUCGAGGGAAGAGGCCGGUGGACAAACCCACUGGGGUACGCUUGGUAG